CGGGAUGCGUCAGUGGCAACGUUGACAACGUAGCAACCAGAGCCUGCAAGCCGGGUGAUCUGACCAGUAUCCCCAGUAUGACUAGUAUCACAUCGACGUUGAGAAGUUAAACUACCACCCACAACAUCUUCAGUAGUCAAAUCGUCGUCCAACAGGUGUCAGUCUGUCCUUCCUGGGGGUGUGAGUGUCCACGUGUACAGGAAGAAACCAGCUGCUGUUGACAGCUUUUGAGCUAAGGAAGGUUGUUUGUAUGACGACUGACAGGUUUUGACUCAGCCAAAGAGAUUACAUAAAUUCCCAUCCGGGAUAGAUCGCUGCUUAGCAGGAUGUCUGUCUUAAGCCAGGUGUGGUGCAGGAGUCUCCUGGUGUGCUCCCUGCUCUGCUCUGCGCUCAUCCAAUUACAUGCACGGCCUGCCAACAUGUCCGCGUUGAGGGAGAAGAACGCCAACACUAAAGAUGAAAACGAGAUCCUGCCCCCAGACCACCUGAAUGGGUUGAAGAUGGAGAUGGAUGGACACCUGAACAAGGAUUUCCACCAGGAGGUGUUCCUUGGUAAAGAGAUGGAGGAGUUUGACGAGGAUUCGGAGCCGAGACGAAACCGAAAGAAACUAAUUGACAUCUUUACCAAGGUGGAUUUCAACGAGGACAAGAGUGUCAGCGCCAAGGAAAUGCAGAGAUGGAUCAUGGAGAAAACCGAGGAGCACUUCCAAGAGGCCAUCAGGGAGAACAAGCUCAGCUUCAGGGCAGUGGACCCUGACAGAGACGGUCAUGUCACAUGGGAUGAGUACAGAGUCAAGUUUCUGGCCAGCAAGGGACUCAAUGAAAAGGAAGUUGCGGAGAAGAUAAAGAACAACGAAGAUCUCAAGGUGGACGAGGAGACUCAGGAGGUUCUGGAGAGCCUCAAAGACCGCUGGUUCCAGGCCGACAGCCCUCCGGCCGACCAGCUGCUCAAUGAGGAGGAGUUCCUCUCCUUCCUCCAUCCGGAGCACAGCCGGGGCAUGCUCAAGUACAUGGUGAAGGAGAUUGUCCGCGACCUGGACCAGGACGGCGAUACGAAGCUGACGCUGUCGGAGUUCAUCUCCCUGCCCGUGGGCACGGUGGAGAACCAGCAGGCGCAGGACAUCGACGACGACUGGGUCCGCGAGAGGAAGAAGGAGUUCCUGGAGGUCAUCGACGCCGACGGAAACGCCAUCGUUACGAUGGAGGAACUGGAAGAGUACAUGGACCCCAUGAACGAGUACAAUGCGCUCAAUGAGGCCAAGCAGAUGAUCGCGGUGGCGGACGAAAACCAGAACCAGAAGCUGGAGCUUGAGGAGAUCCUGAAGUACAGUGAAUACUUCACCGGCAGCAAGCUCAUGGACUACGCCAGGAACGUUCACGAGGAGUUCUGAACAUCAGGCCUGCCGUAACAGCCCCCCACCCCCCAUUCCCUCUUCAACUGAACUACUCAGUGUGGGGGGCGGCUAACUAACUCAUACUCUGUUCUAUGUUCAAUCAUGUGCUUGAAGCCUCCCCCCCACACACAACUCAAAGCGGACUCAGACCAAGAUGUUUAAAUAUUGUAAUUGCUUCCUACUGUCAAUUGGGCACUACCAUGCUCUGCCUACAGUCCUGUGUGUGUGUGUGUGUGUGUGUGUGUGUGUGUGUGUGUGUGUGUGUGUGUGUGUGUGUGUGUGUGUGUGUGUGUGUGUGUGUGUGUGUGUGUGUGUGUGUGUGUGUGUGUGUGUGUGUGUGUGUGUGUGUGUGUGUGUGUGUGUGUGUGUGUGUGUGUGUGGAAAAAAAACAACACUCUGGAUAUUGUCCUUGUUAUUGAGCCGAAAUUCAUUAUUAGUAGCAAGUCUUUCUUCCAGUUACUGGAUUUAAUUCUGCAAUCACUGUUUGGUUUUGACUGGUAUAGUUGUAUACAAUGUAAAUACUUGCCCAUUUACAAAAAUUCAUGCCUCUGGCAGACGGACUGAAUUAAAAAGAACAGUUGAAUGUGAUGCCGCUGAAAGGACUACACCCUCAGAGAGCCACUGGUAACACGUCCAGUAUACAACUGAAGCACAAUGAAUUAGUCACCUCCCCAUUGUUUCUGCCUUCAAAGUAUUGCGAGACGAAUAAUUGAUACGUUCGACCGUCCCUGUGCCAUGACUCCUCCGUCCCUCGAAACGUCAAAUCAAUUGAUUGAUCGCUUUUCUGUCAAUACUUUGAAAGAGGGUGUAGAUUUGAAAAGUCAGAAGUAUAUUUAAUGAGAAAAAUAAACCUAUUUAACCAAUCUUCAUUGAUUGACAAAAACUGUAAAUAUAUCAUGAACGCAAAUAUAGGCUACUCAUUUUGAAAAUGUGAAUACAUCUAAAACGGCUGUUCUGUUUUCCAGCCAACCAUCGAAAUAAUUUGUGCUUGUAUUAAUAAAUAUAUUACAUUUAUAAAGCUUUCAAAUAUCACAUGGAUUUGUUUUAGUCAGCAUCUUUGAUUCUGAGUUUUUGUUGCACUGAAUUCCAACUUAAUUUAAUUAAAAGUUCCAGGGGUCCUUGAUCACAAACUAAGCAGAUCGUUGAAUGUUUUCCUCCUUGUGUUCUGUAAUGCUCAAGCAAACUCAUCUGAACUGCAAAAUACCCUAAUAUGUUCGGAGAAUGUGAUAAAACUUUAUUAAAAAUCGUAUUGCGAA